CGUCAUCCUACACUUCAGUCCACAAUCAAACUCCUUAAUAAAGUCACCAUCAAACACCCCACGCAAUUCCGUAGAAUAAAACAUACCCCCCAGAACCUUUACUAACAUCUACUCCACGACAGGUCGGAAAUGCACGCCAAGACAGACUCAGAGGUGACAAGCCUCGCCCCAUCAUCCCCUACCAGGUCUCCGCGGCGUCCAGUUUACUAUGUGCAGAGCCCUUCACGUGAUUCUCACGAUGGAGAAAAGACAACAACCUCCUUCCAUUCCACGCCUGUUAUCAGCCCCAUGGGGUCACCUCCCCAUUCCCAUUCCUCCAUGGGCCGCCACUCUCGUGAGUCUUCAUCCAGUCGGUUUUCAGGGUCGCUUAAACCUGGAUCCCGCAAGAUCUCGCCUAACGACGCUCCGUCAACGGGAGCUCACCGGAAGGGGAAUAAGCAGUGGAAAGAAUGUGAUGUGAUCGAAGAAGAAGGCCUCCUUGAAGAUGAAGAACGUGAGCAAGGACUCCCUCGAAGAUGCUAUGUUCUAGCUUUCGUUCUUGGCUUCUUUCUUCUCUUCUCUUUAUUUUCUUUGAUUCUGUGGGGAGCUAGCAGGCCUCAAAAACCCAAGAUCACAAUGAAGAGUAUAAGAUUUGAGCAAUUCAAGAUUCAAGCAGGUUCAGAUUUCACAGGUGUGGCAACUGAUAUGAUCACCAUGAACUCCACAGUGAAGAUGAUUUAUCGUAACACAGGAACAUUUUUCGGUGUUCAUGUCACAUCAACACCUCUGGAUCUAUCAUAUGCUCAAAUCACCAUUGCUUCAGGAACCAUGAAGAAAUUUCAUCAGUCAAGAAAGAGCCAAAGGUCUUUGACUGUAAUAGUGAUGGGAAACAAGGUUCCUUUGUACGGAAGUGGAGCAAGUUUGAGCAGUUCAACAGGGACAACAUCACUUCCAGUUUCACUUAAACUCAGCUUCGUUGUCCGAUCCAGAGCUUAUGUGUUGGGAAAACUGGUGAAGCCGAAGUUUUACAAGAAAAUCGAAUGUGACGUAACUUUCGAUCCCAAGAAACUCAAUGUUCCCAUUUCGCUGAAGAAAGCUUGCACAUAUGAUUGACAGCUAGAAUCACAUAGAAAACACGUCCAACAGGCUUUUUCUUUUUCUUUUUUUUUUCUUUUAGAAAAGGUUUUGGUUAAAGGGAAGUGGGAAAUGAAUGAUAUACAGCUAAGCGGGCAAGUUUGGAGUUGGGUGGGCGGGGAGUGAGGAACGCGGUUGUGGAUUUAUUGAGGCUGCCCGUGUGUUAGAUGAGUGACAACCACGUAAGGUGGAAUUCGUUGGUUACUUGUAUAGAAAAAUAAGUUUUGAAUGUUUUAUUUUAGCUUUCUGCUGUCUUUGUAUUUAAUUUGUUUUAUAAAUUAUUCAUUAAAUUUAAUUCAUUUUAAUUAAAUAUUAA